AAAAUAUAAAGUAUAAACCCAUUGAGGAGGAAGAACAAAACCAGAAACUUGGAUUGGGUUGGCUUCAUCGGUGAAUCUCUCCCUCUCUCAUAUUAGGGGUUUACCUCGCUUCUUCUUCUUCUUCUUCUUCCAUCUAAUAACCCGGAGCAGUGACUUGAAUUUGUAGAAUGGGUGAGACUGGCAAAAGAUAUCGACCGCGGAGAGACCAUGACGGGGGAAGCAAAAAUCAGAAGAGGCGUGUGAAUAACAAAGAUGAAAGGGGUGAUGAUGAAUUGAUUGUGUAUAGGAUACUCUGUCCGGAUGAAGCGAUUGGGGGUGUUAUUGGUAAGAAGGGAAAAGUGAUAAAUUCAAUAAGGCAAGAGACCAGGGCAAAAGUCCAGGUUGUGGAUCCAUUUCCUGGUGCCACGUAUCGAGUUAUAACUAUUUAUUGCUAUGUUAAAGAGAAGGAAGAAAUUGAGGUUGAUGAUGAGCUUAACAACAAGAGGACUCUUUGUGCCGCCCAAGAUGCUCUUCUCAAGGUUCAUUCUGCAAUUUCAAAUGCCAAGGAAACUGUAAGGGAUUCUGAAAAGAAACAAAAAGAAAAGGAAGAAUGUCAAAUCCUUGUUCCAUCAAGCCAGUCUGCAAAUAUCAUUGGCAAGGCUGGGGCUACCAUUAAAAGACUGAGAGUUAAGACUAGGACCAAUAUCAAGGUCAUUCCGAAGGAUGCAGCUGACCCAGCACACUCAUGCGCUAUGGAGUUUGACAAUUUUGUGUUGAUUACCGGUGAAUCAGAAGCGGUAAAAAGAGCAUUAUUUGCAGUUUCAACUAUUAUGUACAAGUUCUCCCCCAAGGAGGACAUUCCUCUUGACACAACUGUACCAGAAAUCCCUCCCAGUAUUAUCUUUCCUUCUGAAGUUCCAAUGUAUCCAUCUGGUGGACUAUAUCCAGCUACAAAUGUACAUGAUCUGCAAGGUUAUUCAGAUGCAGGAGGAAAUACACCGUCUCUUUAUUCAUCCAGUUUUCCAAUAGUUUCCAGUCUUGGUGCUUCUCAAUCUGAAGAAUUAAUUGUAAGAAUGGUAUGUCCCUCUUACAAGAUUGGACGUGUCAUUGGGAAGGGAGGAGGUACCAUUAAAAGUGUGAGGCAGGCAAGCGGUGCUCGUAUUGAGGUUGACGAUUCCAAGGCUUAUGAUGAGUGCUUAAUCACUAUAACUUCAACAGAGUCAUCAAGUGAUCUGAAAUCCAUAGCUGUUGAAGCUGUUCUACUGUUGCAAGAGAAGAUAAAUGAUGAAGAUGAUACCACAGUUUCAAUCCGACUCCUGGUACCAUCCAAAGUGAUAGGCUGUAUUAUAGGGAAAGGUGGUUCAAUCAUAAAUGAAAUUCGGAAGAGAACUAGGGCUGAUGUUCAAAUCUCAAGAAAUGAUAAACCUAAAUGUGGAGACGUGAAUGAUGAAUUGAUUGAGGUAGUUGGAGAAGUUGAUUCUGUGAGAGAUGCACUCAUCCAGAUUGUCUUAAGACUGAGAGAGGAUGUAUUGAAAGAACGGGACAUUGGACACUAUCCCCCUAGAGGUGCUGAAUCCUAUUAUUCAGAAAGUUCUGUUCUUUCGGUGCCAUCUUUGCUGCCUUCAGUUCCUUCUGUUACUGCUCCUCUAGCUUAUGAUCAGAGGCCUGAUAGUAGAACUGGUCUGGGCAUGCUUUCUUCCAACAGCCUUUAUGGAUAUGGAUCUUAUUCGAUGGGAGAAAGUGGCUAUGGAUCAAUGCAAUCAUAUGCCUCCAAGUUGUAUGAAGGUCUGCCUCCCCUGUCAACAUUGGAGAUGUUGGUUCCUGCUAAUGCAGUUAGUAAAGUGUUGGGUAAAGGAGGGACAAAUAUAGCCAAUAUAAGGAAGAUUUCAGGAGCAACAGUAGAGAUUUCUGACUCCAAAUCUGGUCGGGGUGAUCGUAUUGCUCUUAUUUCUGGCACACCUGAACAAAAGCGUGCAGCUGAAAACUUGAUCCAGGCAUUCAUAAUGGCUACAUAAGUUUUUGUAGUUAUUUCUUGGGUGGGAGGGGGUUUUGAAGGUGAAAAUCUAAUUCUCAAUGCAUGUCAUGUUCCGCUUCUUACUCCCUCUUUGUUGGUCGUGGAGUGAUACUCUAGAGCUCUUUGUCUGGACUCCUGCCUCCUCUCUGUAACAGUGACUACCAAGAUUAUGCCUUAGCAUCCGUUACUGGUCUUGUUUGUAGGAGCUAUAGUUCCUAAUCUACUCUUCAUCUGCAUUUUCUCUUAGAAAUUUAGGAUCUUUCUGUCCAUUCAUACUGUUUUUUCAUUGACUGGUGUUAAAUCAUCUUUAUCUUGGUAAAUUAUUAUCAGAAGACCAUAAAGUGGUGCUGUUUUUUUUUGUUUCUA